AUGGACGACGGGAGCAAGAAAAUGUUCAAGCCCGUAAAUCUGGGUGCCAGUGCAGAGGCAGCGCAGGCGAUCGGACAGAGUAGCCCUUCGGGCAAGCACAGUCCCCAUGCAGCCGCCGCAGUAUCAUCGGAAAGAGCACCAGGCCCCUCGACAUCAUACUACCUUCCUGCUGCAACUUUUUCGACAGCGACUUCAAUAGCAAGGGAAACCCCUCGGCAAUCAUCGUUGAACUGCGACGCUAUUGGGGUCGUUCAUGCAGGUUCUCGUGUCAUCGUAUCUGGAAUCAGGGCUCAGCCUCACUUGAAUGGCCAGCUCGGCACAGCGGUCGAGUUCGAUAGCGCCGAGGAGAGGUGGAAGGUAGUCAUGGACGACGGGAGCAGAAAGAUGUUCAGGCCAGGGAGCCUGACUGCGUGCGAGCACAUGCCAGCUCCUGUGCGUGCCGAUGCGGAGCCCAGGCAAGCAACCGCGAGCUGCACUCGGGAGGGCGGCAUUGCGACGGAGGCAGGCGGCGCCCCAGCGCUGACCGCCAUCCAGCCAGGGUCUCGAGUCGCCGUGUCGGGCACCGGAGCUCCGGUGCGCCUGCACGGCCAGGUCGGCACGGCAGUCGAGUUCGACGAGCACGAGGAUCGCUGGAGCGUCGCCCUGGACGACGGGAGCCAACACAGGGCGCGUCGCGGCGGGCUCGCGCGUCGUCGUGUGCGGCCUCCGAGCGCAGCCUCACCUGAACGGCCAGCUCGGCACGGCCGUGGAGUUCGACGAGGCAGAGGGGCGAUGGAAGGUGGCGAUGGACGACGGGAGCGGCAAGAUGUUCAGGCCCGCCAAUGUGACGAGUCUCCAGCAUGCGGCGCCGGCUCCAGCUGCGUCUGA